AUGCCCGGCCUCGCACGCAAAGUGUUGAUUUUCGCCGCUGUCGACGGCCUCAUUAUCCAGCCAUUGUCUUCUAAAGGGCAAAAGCCUUUCCAGCCUGCGAGGAUCAAGUAUGGAGACGCAUCCAUCUCGUCUGCGGCGCGCGACCAGGUCCCAGACUCGGCAAAGUCCGACUCGUGGUUUGAAGCGCUCGGCGUUAUUGGACUGAUCACGGUAUCGCGAUUGACGUAUUUGGUAACGAUUACGCGCCGAGAGCAAGUCGCUCAGGUGUUUGGACUACCCAUCUAUGUCGUCACUCAAGUAGCCGUGACCCCAUGCUCGGCGCAGGCUGAUGCGGAGGAAUCUGUGCGGAAGACGGCAAGUCUUUUGCGCACAGAGGUGCCCACUAACGUGAAUGAUGACGCUGAGAGCAGCAGUGAUGAAGAGGGCGAAAUCGCUAUAGCGACCCCAGACGAAGAGGCGGACGAUGAAAUUCUCGGCAAAAAGCACGUCCCUGCGGAUCCCAGGAGCAGUGUGAGCAGUGUUGCCGAAGACGUGAUCCGGAGGCGAGGCAGUUAUGGGAGAUUUGCGCAGCGCUGGUUUAGCCGGAGUGGAUGGACUUCUGACCAGAGAAGGACUAUGGGAAUGAGCAACUCGCCGACUUCUACGCCACCCCUUGCGCAAUCAGCAUCGCCAACGCCAGUGGUUAAUCUUGCCGCCCUGCAAGAGACGGAUGAGAAUCACUUGAUCCCAGCUUCCGCACUUCUACCAAAGUUGCUUCGAACUAUCCAAGUCUGGUUUGGAUCCUCGCGUAGCUUUUACUUUUCGUACGACCUAGAUAUAACGCGCAGCCCGAGUGAUGAAGCGGCGAUUGCCAACCCCAACGAUUCUCUCUACACGCAAGUCAAGAGUACAUUCUUUUGGAAUCGGCACAUUGUCCAGCCUUUCAUAGAAGCUGGCCAGGAUGCCUUGGCCUUGCCCUUGAUGCAGGGCUUUGUCGGCCAGAGGACGUUUGUGGCAGACUCACAUCCUCCCCAGGUAGAUGACCCAGGAGCGGAAUCCAUGGAGCUGGCUGAUCUCUCGCCGACACCAUCUGGGCCGUCGUCGCCAUCUCCAGAGACAGCAAGACAUUCUCUAGAGCUGCGUCUUACCGAGAGAAAGUAUCUCAUCACAUUGAUAUCGCGACGGUCAACUAAGAGGGCUGGCCUUCGAUAUCUUAGACGCGGCAUAGAUGAAGACGGGUAUACAGCAAAUUUUGUCGAAACCGAACAAAUCCUGUCGUCUCCUGCAUGGGAAGCUUCUUCCCCACUGUACUCGUUUACUCAGAUUAGAGGCAGUAUUCCACUAUUCUUUACUCAGACCGCGUACGCACUGAAGCCAGUGCCAGUCUUGCAGCACUCUGAGGAAACAAACUACAACGCCGCCAAGCAGCAUUUUGAAAGGCUAUUAAAAUCCUACGGUACGCUACAGAUAGUUAAUCUGGUGGAAAAACACGGAAUCGAAGAGCCAAUUGGAACGCAGUACCAAAAUACGGUUGGCCGCAUCAACGACGGGCUCGACGAGAAAGCAAAGAUACCCUUUGAGUGGUUUGACUUUCACCAUGUUUGCCGUGGUAUGAAGUUUGAAAACGUGAGCCACCUGCUCUCGCGCUUGAAGGACCAGCUAGAGACACUUGGCAGCACGGUGCGAAGCAAUGGAGAGCUGGUCCGCAAACAACAAGGGGUUCUUCGAACGAAUUGUAUGGACUGUCUGGAUCGAACAAAUGUCUGCCAGAGCUCGUUUGCAAAACACAUGCUAGAAGUUCAGCUCAAAGAACAAGGUAUAGACAUGAGCGCUCAACUGGACCAAGAGACGGCCUGGUUCAAUACCCUCUGGGCAGAUAAUGGCGAUGCCGUUUCGAAACAAUACGCCUCUACUUCCGCUAUGAAAGGUGAUUACACGAGGACAAGAAAGAGGGAUUACAGGGGGGCACUUAAUGACCUUGGAAUAUCUCUAACACGUCUUUAUUCUGGCAUGGUCAACGACUACUUUAGCCAGGCUGCCAUAGACUUUUUACUCGGCAACGUAACAGCUAAAGUGUUUGAGGAAUUUGAAAUCGACAUGAUGACAAAGGAUCCAGCCGUUUCCGUGGAAAGGAUGCGCGAGCGCGCCGUGGAACUGUGUCAGAAGCGAGUGGUGGCAGAUGUCAGUGAAGAGUUCCACGGCGGCUGGGUGCUGAUAACACCCAAUACUGCCAAUGCGCUCAAAUCGUGGCCAAUGGAAGAAGUUGUCCUUCUUCUGACCGAUGCUGCGAUAUACCUCUGCCGCUUUGACUGGGAUCUGGACAAGGUGUCUUCUUUUGAAAGAGUUACCCUUGCGAGCAUAACGAAUAUCAAAACGGGUGCUUACAUCACCUCCACAAUUUCGCAGGCUCACAUGAGCGAGACGAGGAACGUGGGUUUCGUGGUGUCAUACCAGCCUGGCAAAAGCGAUGUCCGGAGGAGAAACACCCGCACAAUGUCCACCAGGGACGCUCCAAAGCUGACAGCUACCGGCGAGAUCCCAGCGGCACCGACCAGCUUUGCGGGGCUUUUCUCUGGAGCCAACGGCCCAAAGGAGCCUGCAAUCCGAAAACUUGCAUUCAAGGCGCCGUAUACGACGGAUUCUUCAUUGCCAGUCAGCGAAGCUGGGCCACGGCAGACGGAGCUACAGAAAAUCGACACCAUAUGCUCAGAGAUUGAGCGUCUAGCGGCCGAACGGCAACUGGUCAAGGAGGGAGAGGAGCGGAAGAAGCUGGUGGAAAAGGGCGAUAUUAUAUCGCUAGACGCUGCGAAGCGCAGCACCGGGUUGUUGGAGCAGCUGGGCCAUUCGCUGAAGAAGUUGGUGUGGGCAUAGACAAAUAUCCCUAGAGAAGCCUGUAUGGGCUCCACAUGUACACGGCAUUUCCAAAAUAGCUUUUAUCGACCUAAUUCUUUCCAAAU